CUUUUAUCAUUAGAAAAAGAUAUUUCUAAUAAAUUGGACAAUUUUUGGGUUUCUAGAAACAAACAAAAAUUAAAUUCUAUAAAAAUUGAUUUGUUAAAUCGAAUUAAAAAUCUUGACAAACCAGUAUCAGUCCCAAUACUAGAAAUUGAAACAACCAAAACGCGAUUAUGUAUACACAAUGAUGAGACUAGAAAAGAAUACUUACCAGAAGAGUAUGAUCCCUUGUUAAAUGGGCCUUCCCGCGGAAGACUAAAAAAAGAUAUAACGUUGAUAAACGAGACUUCGAUCAAAAAGUUGAGAGAGAAGGUUAUGCUAAAUAGACUUCAUGCUUUAUUGUUGAUGUCUCCUUUUGAAAAAAAGGAAAAAAAAACCAUUACAAGUUGGUGAGUUCUCAACUUUAUCAUCGAGUUUCAAUUUAACGGAUUCAGAACAACUAACAAAAUUUUUAGUAAAUGUAAUUGAGACAGACGAUAAAAAAUAUUCUGCAAUAGAAAAAAUAGGUAAAGAAGAGAUUGGUAAAAAAAGUCCCCGGAUGGUCAUACAAAUUAAUAACUGAAUUGGAACAAAUAUCGUAUUUUAGAAAUCCACCAGAUGAUCAUGAUAUUCGUUCAAGAAAAGGGAUAAGUGUAUUAAUUUUUGAAGAGCCUAAGACUCUCAAAGAUAAGACUACAAACAAAGAUAAGAAUACAAAAGAGACAAAUAUUCAAGCUAUAAAAUCCGACAAUGAUGAGAAAGAUAAAAAUAUGAAAAAGAAAAAGGAAGAUGAGGAUAAUAAGCUUUAUUUGUUACGAUAUCCGCACCAAUCUGAUUUUCGCCAAGGCUUAAUAAAAGACUCUAUGCGAACUCAAAGACGUAAAAUAGUUAUUGAGGGACUUUUUAAAGCAAAUGCGCAUUCCCCUCUCUUUUUUGACAGGAUGAGGAAAAAAACCUUUUUUUCUAUACCAUACCUGGCUCAACUGAAACGACUUUUUAUAAAAUGGUCAUCCAGAAACGAGUUCGGUAUUUUAGAGUCUACAGAGGAAAAAAAAACAAUAAUAAAAAGAGAAACCAAAAAGGAAAAGAAACGACGAGAGGAAAUAGAAC